AUGGCUAGACUCUCUGCGUUCGUGCGCUAUGUACGCCUCAAAUUCCUCGUCUCCUUUUUCCGCCUCAUCGUUAAACUCUUUGCUUCUCCUCCGACUCCCAAACCCGACUCUGUACUAAGAAUCCCGUCACGCGACAGCCGCCGCACUAUCAAAGCCUAUCUCUACAAACCUUCCACAGAAUACGCUGGAAGCAGGAGCCCCCAUCCAGCCUUGGUCAACCUUUACGGCUCCGGAUUUGCGCUUCCUCUCCAUGGCGCGGAUGACAGUUUCUGUCGGCUCGUCGCCACGACUACCGGUUAUGUGGUUCUCGAUGUCGAGUAUCGCCUGGGACCGGAGUUCCCGUUUCCCGCGGCGGUCAACGACGUUGAGGAUGCCGUCAAAUACGUGCUUGACCGACCAGAAGAGUACAAGGCCUCGCAAGUCUCCGUGUCCGGGUUCUCAUCGGGGGGUACGCUCGCGCUCAUCGCCCCAACGCCGUUUCCCCCCGGCACCUUCCAGUCUGUCAUUGCUUUCUAUCCGGCGACGAACCUCGCAAGGGACCCGAGCUUGAGGAAGGCUCCAGCACCGAACGCGAAGCCGCGCUCGCCGGUCUGGACUCGGAUCUUCCGGGAUUCAUACAUAGGGGAGAUGGAUCCUCGAGAUCCGAGAAUCUCGCCAGCGUAUGCCGAUACGUCCAACUACCCUACCAACAUGCUAGUCAUAACGGGGGAGUUGGACUCGUCGGCGCUCGAGGCGGAAGAGUUAGCUGGGAAAGCUAAGACUGAAGGUGCGACAAGUGGCAGGAACGUGAUACUUCGGAGGAUGACAGGGUGUGUUCAUGGUUUCGACAAGAAGAACACGGAUAAAGUUUGUGUCCGGGCCAGAGAUGAGGCUUAUGGACUUGCCACAGAUAUGUUGAAGAUGGUCGCAGGUGAGAGCAGGUAA